CUGCUGCCAUAGCUGACUCGAUGACGUUUGCCUUGGCUGGUAUAGAACUGUCAUCCACGCGUGCCCUUGUUCCAGGAGAGAGUCUACCCGCCGGUCCUGGGAACAGUACGCCGAGAGACUCCGAGGUCUAACACAACGCCGGCCGUUUGGCAGACUUGGCCGGCUGGUGUGUAGUUACGACAGAACAGGCGGAGACGGGUGAUGGGCACAUCACCGGAGACAGCCGCUCAAGGCAGCAGCACCCGGGCAGCAGGAACGACAGGAGCUGCAGCUGCGACGUCUUCUUCGACGAGCAAUGACGAGCGCGAGAAGUUGUUAGCCCGCGCGUCCUUGAGCAAAGCCACCUUGGCGAGGCAUCGCAGCGGCAGCUACGGUUCCAGCACCAAGUUGAACGAGGCUCUCCUGCAGUGGAGAAGGGGGUCCACCAACACGGACUCCUACGGUGCCGCAGCAAGAGAGGAAGAAGACGGUGGCUUUGGCCCGAGCAAGGCCAGCUUCGGGAAAAACAAUGCCAGGUCCCCGCUGGUAAAGGUCGUGGGGGGCAUGAAGCCCGCGCCGGAGAAGCCGAAGGGGAAUGAUGGCACCACGCUGGUAAUAGCGUUCGUCGUUAUGAUUUUCGUGGGGACGGGCAACCGCAUCUUCAUGAAGCUGCAGACGUACCCCAUGUACAACUACCCGUUCUUCCUGACGAUGCUCAGCACCUUCAUCUACGUCCCCGUGUGCUUCCUGUACAUCGUACCUAUGCUCGCGUUCGGGUCUGCUAUCACGCCGGCGCAGAGGGCCAUUCCCAAGUUCAAGUUCGCGGUGAUGGGUCUCCUGGACAGCGUGGCUGGCAUUAUGGGAGUCUUCGCCGUCAACUAUAUCAACAACGCGGCCAUGAUCGUUCUCUUGCAGCAGGCGGCGAUCCCCAUCUCCAUGUCUAUCUCCAAGAUGUUUCUAGGGGCCACGUACACCGUCAGCCAGUACGUCGGGGCGAGCGUGGUAAUCGCGGGGAUCAUCGUCACGCUCAUCCCGACGUUCUUCGGGCACCCUGCCGGAGGGGAGGGCGUGGAUGCCUCCAUGCAGAUUAUCUGGAGCGGCGUGCAGGUCCUCUCCUGCAUCCCCAUGUGCCUGAGCUCCGUGUACAAGGAGAAGGCUCUUGGUGACGACGACAUGGACGUCAUCUACCUCAACGGGUGGGUGGCGGUGUUCCAGUUCCUGGCCAGCCUCCUCUUCGCCGUGCCUUCGGCGUACGCGAUGGGUCUGCCCGUAGCGGAGCUGCCACAAAACACCUACGAGGGCUACCUCUGCUUCAUGGGCGAGAACAGCCACUUUACUGACAUGGCCAACAUGGCAGCGACAACAGGCGGCAACAUAGCUGACAUGAUUCCGCCAGAUCAUUGCGAGACCGCGCCGUUUUUCGUGACGCUGUACCUGUGCUUCAACCUCGUAUACAACGUUGUGCUCAUCGUCAUCCUCAAGUAUGGAAGCGCGAACGUGCUGUUCCUGGCGUCGACUGUGAUGGUCCCCAUCGGUAACGUGGCGUUUUCUCUCAAGUUCGUCCCCCAUCACCAGGACCUGCACUGGUCGGACACGAUGGGAUUGCUCUUCAUUCUUUCAGGGCUCGUGGUGUACCGGUUCAGCGAGCCGUUCCUGGCGUUCUUGCACGACUCGAGCCAAGAGAGCGACUUGGACCAAGAGAGCGCAUACCGAGCCAACCAAAAGAGCUCGAGGUUCGUCGGCAUGAACCAGCUGGAAUACCUUGAGCCGCUCAUCAAGAACCGCGUUUGGCGAGAGCAAAAGGCUCGAUUGCUUCGCAGCCCGCAGCAGAUUCGGUCGGCCUUCAUGCACCGCCUGGGACUGCCGCCGUCCCCGAAGGUGGCGGCAACGCCUACAUCGAGGGGACCAUCGCCUUACAUGGGGCGCACCACCUCAAACACUCGGGGGCCGGCCUCCGGCUACCGCUCCCCGGCGGGCUCGUUCCGGGCGUCGCCCAGCGGCAGGUCUGUUCCUACCACCCGCGCUUCACCCACCAUGAUCAACUCCUGGACUUCGCCGGCGGCGGGGUAUCGGCCCAUUCCCGACCGCGAAGCCCCCCCCCGCUCGAUCAACGAGUCGUCCGGAGGGAGGGCGGCCGGCCGCGGCCGCAUGUCUAUUGGCGAUGAUCAAGCUUGAAAUGGAGAUCGGGGCGGGUAAUAUAACCGUGGAGUUGCUGCAGGGGUGAGCAUUGACCGACAAUCAAGAACUACUUUGCUGCCUUUUUGUUCUUCGCCCUGCCGUGAUGAUGGGCGUGUCGCCCUGCUACAUGGUAAAGAUUGUGGAGGUUGCUAUGGUGUAUUGCGCCGUUUUUGGUGUUGGCUCCGGCCGGAGUUUUCUGGAGCCAAUAGAAUCGUCGAGAAAGGCGGGUACGUAGGCACGUACUGUAGGUGUUGACUGACCACGAACCGUGUUUCUGCGAGGGGAAGCACACAACUACCUGGAAAAAUUCCGACGGGCUUUGUGCGGCUGUUUGUGAGCGAGGUUUUUGGCCGCCUAUUGAACUGUGUGUAGGCCUGAAGACCUGCUGGUUUUAACCCGAACUCCUUUGGGUGCGAUGGGCGUUUGUGUUUCCCUUUUUCUCAGUGUCUUGUGGCGGCGGUAGCGGCGGUUGGAAGCGCGGUUGUCGGCGAGCGGGUGUUUACCCUGUUUACCUGUGCAGGGACGAGGGGGGGGGCAAAGAGACACAGGGAGAGAUGGAGUGCGAGAGAUUUGACGAGGGGGGAGGGUGGGGGUAAGGGGAGAAAUAUACAUGUGAGAGUGUUGAGCGCCAGCAGGAACGACUCGAGUUGUUGCCAGAGAGCACGUGUGACUAGGAUGUAAUUCGAUAACACAACGUUUGAUUGAAUCAAUGGCGCGUAAACACGUGUCGCCCCUCGUUUGUUGUGAUGGCGGUUGGUGUGAGAGAUUGCCGGUGGCCUUCUACGCCUGUUGGUGACGAGAGACAGGAUGGCACCACCCGUGUUCUCUGUCUCAAGAGGCGCCAGUUUUCGAGGGGUUGUUGUUGAGGUUCGCGAAAGGACCCCCCCCCACAUACUCGCAAGGAUGUUGACCAGCUUCGGGUUCAUCUUAUGAAAGGUAAUGUAGCCUGGGUCGGAGAAGCUCCGUCCCGGCGUUGUUAGGACGCGGGGUCUAUGGUCUACCGACGACGGCAUGUGUUUUCAUGAGUAUACCCCCCCCCCUCCCUCUCGUUGUUUUUUGUGGUGUUCAGGGAUCAUAUCGGGAAACCACAGCACCUCUUGGUUGUUGCCAUGCUGGUGCUACUGGUGUACACGGGGAGGAAAGGGGCGACCACAAGUUUGAGAGUUGUCGAGGAGUGGAUGGAGCGGAGCACACGAUAGACUCCCCACUUUUGUUUAUACAUACAUAUUUUUUUGCCCCUUUUUUAUUUAGUGCUUGUUGAGGAUUCCCAUUGUGUGUGUCAUCAUUUCGUUCGGUGGUUUGUCCAACUCUUGCCACUCUUUGGUCUCUCGGGAGGAUUGAUUGUUUAUGUUUGUGGUGUACCUUGUUGCGGUCAUGGGUUGGUGAAAAUGUGUUUGAUCGCAAUUGUUUGAAGGAGUAGAACCUGGCAGGAGGGACAGGCCGGCAAAGCCGGCAACAACAUCCAAUAUUUUUUGCCACCCCGAUGUUUUGGCGAGAGUGAGACGAAGGAAGAAGGACCCUCCGAGCAACGUGACGUUACAUGUUGUCAGUAGAACCGUUAUUGUGUUGGUGUGGCACAGACGUGUCGUGGAAUGCUCCAUGUUUUGACGGGGGGGAGCCGUUCGAUGAGAUUUAGAGGCAUUCAGGCCGUGAGAGAGGGUUUUUGUUUUAUGAAAGCAGCGCGAACUGGCGACGGUGGAUGGCCUACACAUAUGACGUUAUCCCCCCAAGUUUUAUCAAUCAAGCGUUGACGGCUGCACAUAGUCAAAGCGUCGGGACCGCAUUGAAAAUGAAUAUUUUCGGAAGUUGUGUCUGGAGUCCGUACACACGGAAGGAACAUGACGGUGCAUGUAUAUGAGCUGUGCGAUGUCUAAUAGGUGAUGACCUCGUGUGCUUGACAUCAAUUUAUGCAUUCCCAUCUGCAGUGUUUUUGUGGAGCGAUGAUUCAAUGGAUGUCACGUUCCUCGCAGAUGCAUUUUGUGGACAUGGAGCAAGUGCAGACGUACAUUUUUCCCACGACGGAAGAUUGGCAACGCAGCUUGCCUCAGGCAACAGUGCUGACCCUCCUAGCAUAUCCUCUCGGAAUCGUUUUCGCGGCGAGACAGACCUCAACAAACGGUAGACCGUAGUUGAGAUGAGAGAACACAUUCUCAACGCCACGUUCGAUGCCGCCGCACGAAACCAUGUGCCAACUGCGGUCUUCCUGGUGUGUUAUGAUCAAGGACAACCGAGCUAAUCAAUGUCAUGUUACCUCUGCACCGCCAGAUUACUUUUAACCGUAUUUUCCCUAGGAUAGCCAUCUUCAGCCACCACCUCUCGUCUUGCACGCCUUGUGCAUUUGGUGCUGCCCUCGUUGUAUCUGCCCCGUUUGCCUCUUAGUUUCUCUGUUGUUCACAUGAGAAGUCGUUCCGGUCUCCACUCGGUACCUUCUACUGGCCCGCUCGGCCGCCUGCCGUGGUCACAGGCCAACGACUACCCAAAAAAGGGUGCAUACUUGUAGAUACCUAAUGCGGAAAAAAAGGGACUCACAAAAUCCUCAAGCAAACGUUCUGUACCCAAACAGCGAUUGCUUGCUUGUUCCGUUUCUACAUAGAAAAAUUGAACCGGGCGUGUCUGUUGGCGUUCCUUUCUCGAAACAUGACGGCGUUUGAGGGAUCCGUCCGUGAUGUACCCAAAACUCUUACGAUGUAAUUUCCUGCUCCUUCUCCUCUCGCAUCAGAACAACCCCCCCCCGCCCCGCCCCCAAAGUAGGAACAACUUGGCCAUCAGUGAUUGAUCCGUCCUGGGGGAACAAUGCCCGUCCUCUCGAGGACGCGUGGCCAAUCGUCCAACUGCUAAGGCAAGCAACAGGCAAAGCACAAGAGGUACACCCCCCUGCCCCCCUUCGCUAUGCUCAGCCAUAAUAAAUGGUGAACGGAAAUGCAUGACCGACUCGUGCAAGUUAAUCAUUUACAACCCACAAAAGAGCUACAGCGUACUUACACAAUAUUUCUGUGAUUCUAGACAUCGAAAAUACCUGCUUAAACAAACCUACCUACAGCCGGCGUGCAUACACCCGCCGCCUAUCCAAAUACGAUACGGCUGCUUGCUCUGAAUCGUGGCCAAAGUGGUCGUUGUUGCUGAAAUGCCUGCGCAAAGAGCAUUGAUGAUGAUGCUGUCCCCCUAGCUGGCACAGGGUGCUAGCGCUCUAGACUACAUCCCUCGGGUCUCGAGUCAGUGGAAUUCAGAACUAAGUUGGUGGAUUGUGACCCAUCCCAUCAACGUCCUGUCUCUCUUUACGCAAAAUGACGCCCGUCCCUCUAACCGUGACAAACAAAACCACCCGAAAACGCUGCGCUGCCACCAAAAAAUGCCACCCGAACCCGCCAAGAAUGAACCGCAAACUCGGCGCAUUGACGCUCAAGACCAAGAUACUAGAAGACAAGCUCUGCUUCUGCUGUUGUAGAAAGAACGUGCUUCUUCUCAUUCAUCACUGCUAUCGACUUCUUUUUCGCCUCCCUCUUGGCGUCGUCGCAACCAACCGUCGUCCACAAGAACCCUCCUUUCGCCACAAAACUCAAAACACCGUACAAGUAGGACAAUAGGAAAAGCGGAGAGUUCCUACUCGUCCUGUGUAACUGACUGACCCGGGCUGGCGCGUCAGAAAUAGUCUAGACUACACCCGAAAGGUGCGCAUACACCGGCGCCCAGAAUAGACGGGACGAAAACACAGAACAGAACAAAUGCACUCUUGAUAAGUGCAGCCAACGGGGCAUAAGAGCUCCCCCCCAACACGUGUCUCACUCCUUCCUAGAGCGCAACGGAUCCAUCUCUAUCCACAGACGACAAACACUACGUCUACGCUACGCUAGGCUAUUUUCAAUAGUCGUCAGAGAGAAGGUCCCUGAAGAACGCCAGAACGUCGCCGGCCCUGACCGGGGCUUCGUCCAUGCCCCCUGCGGGAGGCCGCCGGCCGGGUGUUCUCG